CCGCGGCGGCGGCGGCGGCGGCGGCGGCGGCGGCGGCGGCUGAGACUGACGACGGGGUGCGGAGCGCGGGCUUGGCGGAGCCGGACCCCGGGGGAGAGCGGAAGCAGGUUUAGAGCAGUGAGGAACGUGCCUAAGGUCACAGAGCUGGAAGGCAGGAGAUCCACCCAGCAUUUGAAUCCUGGUGGAGCAGACCCGGAGCUCCAGUUACAGGCUGAGAGGAGGGGCACCCGUUUGGUCUCAGCCAUAGGCUGGUGUCACGUGGUUUAAAAUCUCUUCCGCAGCCCCCUUGGAAACUCCUCGGGUCAGGCCCAGCUGGUCCGCCGCAUGUGAUAGAAGUAUCUGCUCCCAGGGAAGGCGCAGCCAUGGCCUCCCCAGCGCCCCGGGAGCCCGACGAGGAGCUGGUAUCCGCUGGCUCCGAGCCAGGUGACUCUCGGGCCAAACCCCCUGUCAAGCCCAAACCCCGAGCCCUGCCUGCCAAGCCAGCCCUGCCUGCCAAGCCCAGCCUGCUGGUGCCCAUUGGGCCUCGGCCUCCCCGGGGUCCUCUGGCCGAGUUGCCUUCUGCCCGGAAGAUGAACAUACUGGCGGGACCCCAGCCCUAUGGUGGCAACAAACGGCCCCUUCCGUUUGCGCCAAGGCCUGCAGCCGAGGCCCUGGCUGGUGGAGAAGGCACCCGGGAGCCUGGGAGAGAGGAGCCUGGGAAAGAAGAGACACCCCCCUUGACCCCUCCAGCCCGAUGCGCUGCCCCUGGGGGCGUGCGCAAGGCGCCCCUCCCCUUCCGCCUGGCCUCCGAGCGCUUUGCUGCACCCACCGUGGAGGAGAUCCUGGCCAAGAUGGACCAGUCCAGGAAGGAGGGCCCGGCCAGCCCCGACCGCCUCUGGGGCUCCCGCCUCACCUUCAACCACGACGGCAGCUCCAGAUACGGUCCCAGGAACUACGGCGUGGCCCCAGGCCCCAGGGACGACGCUGGGACCCUCGCCAGGGAAUGGUCCCAGGAGGGGCCCGCGCAGUCUCCUGCUGACUGCCCUGAGGAGCCCAGCAAGAGGAAGCCCCCCUCGGACCUGGCCUUCAACGGGGACCUGGCCCAGCCGGCCGUCUCUGAGCCCCCGACUGAUGCAGAUUCUUUACCGUCUGAGCCACCAGGGAAGCCCUUGCUCCCGGGGAACGCACCUUCUCACGUGGGCAGACAGACUCCAACACCGGGAACCCUGCGAACCGGCAGACAGGUUCUCCAGCCCCAGGUGCCCCCCGGUCCAAGCCCUACCUUGGAGAAUGGAGGCGCCCCCAGCCCGGGUCUCCCCGCUGAAGCCUUGGGCUCGGGCCCCGAGUCUCCCCGCCUUGACUCCCUUGAGGCGGGCUCUCCCCGCCACCUCCAGCGUCCAGAGACCCAGAGCCCUGCUGCUCCUGGACCUCCCCUCCAGCCCCCCGAGACUCUGGGCUCCCCAGCUGCAGGCCCCCCUAAUGAAGGCUCCUGCCAUCUGCCCCUGAGCCCAGGGGUCCCAGCUGUGGUUUCCCUGGAGGCCCCCAGACCCGGCAGCCCCCAGGUGCCGGAGCUAGCAGGGCACCCCAGCCUGGAGCGGUCCCUGCCCGAUGCGUCCCAGUCCCUGAUGGGAGGGGGUGAGCUGCCGGACCUGCCUCGGACGUUUGCAUCCGGGGACGCGGUGGCCCUGGGGGUCGAGGACCGCCCUGCCGGCGGCCUGGCCCAGCGGCGGUUUUCUGAAGGCGUGUUGAGGCCUCCCGGCCCAGACCGGGAGCAGCUGGGGGGCUCGCUGGCCACCCUGCCCCAGGCCCAGGGGGGCCCGUCCACCCUGGACCACCCCUUGGGGAGCGGGACCGAGUCCAGCUGGAGCUUAUCUCAGUCCUUUGAAUGGACCUUCCCGACGCGGCCUGCAGGCCUCGGGGUGCGGCGGCUGGACUCCCCGCCGCCGUCCCCCAUCACCGAAGCCGCGGAGGCUGCAGAGGCUGCGGAGGCUGGAGACGGGGCCGCGUCCACCCAUGAGGAGGCCGGAAACUGGACCGUGUACACCCGCGAGGAGGCCGGAGGUGGGGCUGCGGAGGCUGCAGAGGCCAGAGACAGGGCCGCGUCUAUCCGGGAGGAGCCUGGAGGCGGGGCCACAUCCACCAGGGAGGAGGCUGGAGAUGGGGCCGUGUCCACCUGCGAGGAGCCCGGAGAUGGGGCCGCGUCCACCCGGGAGGAGGCUGGAGAUGGGGCCGCGUCCACCCGCGAGGAGCCCGGAGACGGGGCCGCGUCUAUCCGGGAGGAGCCUGGAGGCAGGGCUACAUCCACCAGGGAGGAGCCUGGAGGCGGGGCCACGUCCACCCGGGAGGAGGCUGGAGAUGGGGCCGCGUCCACCUGCGAGGAGGCUGGGGACUGGCUCGUGUCCACUCGGGAGGAAGGCGCAUCCCAGCCAGGACCAGGGGCCCCGUCGGCUGCAGAGGGACCAGGAAGACCUGCUUCCUGGGGGCCGGGGGACGACCCGGGCUCCUCUCUGAGCCCGACUGGCGGUGGGGAAGACCAUCCUCUGGAGUCCCCGCCAACAGCAGGGGACCCACCUAGACCAGCUUUGCCACAGGCGGACGAGACACUUGCAGAACGGGAGUCCCUUCCGCCCGCCCGGGAGGCCGCCCUGCGCAUCCUGGAGCCGGUCCUGGGGCAGGAGCAGCCAGCGCCCCCGGACCAGCCCUGCGUCCUGUUCGUCGACGCCCCCGAGCCCGGGCAGGCACUUUCUGCUGAGGAGGACCCUGUGGCCCUGGCCGUGGCCGAGACCACCCGACCUAGGACAGAGGUUCAAGACCCCCGCCGGGCAUCCCCCGAGCCCGCGGGGCCCGAAAACAGCUCCCAGUGGCUGGACGACCUGCUGGCCUCGCCCCCGCCCAGCACCCGGCGGGGCGCCCCGUCUGAGCUGAAGGAUGCCCAGACCCCCAGCGCCUGCUCCGAGGGACUCCUCGGCUGGGCCCAGAAGGACCUGCAGAGUGAAUUUGGGGUUGCAGGAGGCCCACAUCCCGGCGGUUUCCGGCCUUCCACCUGGUCCCAGGAUGAUUCUCGGGACUACGGCCUGGGGGGUGCAAGCCCUCUGGGGGACCCAGGCCUCAGAGAGAGGAACUGGGCUGGCGAGUGUGGGCAUGGAGUCGGGGAGGGGCGCCCCGGGGAGUGGGCCGGCAGGGGUGCCCUCGACCGGGAGGAGGAGGGUGAGGUUGGCGGCCAAGACCGGCAUGGAGCCGCGGCCCUGGGGAGCCUGGGCGCCCAGGACCGGGCGAUCGGGAAGCCUGGCGCUCUGCAAAGCCACGAGGCGGACCUUCAGCACUGGGAGUUCGGGAAGAGGGAUCCCCAGGGCACCUACUCCAGCCGGGACGUGGAGCUCCAGGACCAGGAGUUCGGGAAGAGGGAUCCCCAGGGCACCUACUCCAGCCGGGACGCGGAGCUCCAGGACCAGGAGUUUGGGAAGAGGGAUUCUCUGGGGACCUACAGCGGUCGGGAUGCAAGCCUUCAGGACUGGGACUUUGGGAAGAGAGACGCCCUGGGUGCCUACUCGAGCCAGGAUGAAGAGGAGCAGGGCCCGGAAUCAGGGCAGAAGGACCCACUUGGCAGGUACAGCGGCAGCCAGGAUGCAGGGCAGCAGGACCAGGGGUUCGGUAGGAGCGACCCUGCACGGAGCGCCUAUGGCCCCCGCGGCGCAGAAACGCCCGGCCGGGACUUCGGCAGGAGCGCCUGGGUGCCAGACUACAGCGGCGGCCUCCCGCGGGACUUUGGAGCGAGAGCCCUGAGCGCCGGGUUCAGCCUCGAGGAGGCCCAGCGGCAGGACACAGAAUUUGAGAAGAAGACCCCAGGCCGAGCCAGCCCCGGGGCGGCCGGCAGGGACGUGGGCUGGCCCGAGACCGCCAAGACGGGGGGUGUGUUCCCCGCCAGCGGCCCGGAGCCGCAGGACGGGGCUCUGGGGCAGAGGGACCCGGGUGGCUGGCAAGGCGGCGCUUCCUCUAGGGAGGUUGGUGGGCCACAGGCGGGGGGCGCCCGGAGCCCAGGGGAGGCUGACCCGGAGGACAGGGAGGGGGUGCAGCGGGGCUGGGCUGGAGACUUCGGCCUUGGAGUGGGCACUCAGCCAGAGGCAGCCUUCGGCCCGGGGCGGCGGGGCUGGGGCAGCGGCUUCUGCGCGGAGGCCUCGGAGCGGAGCUCCCAGUUUGGGAUAAUCGGUGAUGACAGGGCGGGCGCGGCCAGCCUGAGCCCUUGCAGUCAGCUGGGAGGCGGCCCCUUCCUGCCCCCCGAGGGAGCCGUGGACUGGACUGACCAGCUGGGCCUCCGGAACCUGGAGGUGUCCAGCUGUGUGCGAGCUGCCAGCUCCGGCGAAGCCAGGGAGGAUGGCGUGGGACAGACGGGCUGGGUAGACCGCGGGGGUGUGACGGGCGCGGGGCUGGCCGUCCGUCUGCAGGGCGGAGGGGCGGAGGCCCCCGGGGGACUUGGCCUCGGGGACCAGGACUGGACUUCCGAUGUCGGAGGCCCCAGCCAGGCCAGAGAGGGUGGCGUGGGGCAGACAGACUGGUCGGGCGCAGAGGCGGGAGAGUUCCUUAAAUCGAGGGAGCGCGGGGUGGGUCAGGCAGAUUGGACGCCGGACCCGAGAGACCGGGAGCUUGGGCCCGGUGGGGUGGAUUGGGGCGACAGUCUGGGCCUGAGGCAUCUGGAGGUGCCCUGUGAGCUAGACUCGGAGAGUUCUCAGGGGCCGCGGGGACGUGGGCUGGACCAGGUGGACUGGUCCCAGGACUCGGAGCUCCGAAACGUGGAGCUCCCGGGUGAAGCCAGGGAGUGUGGUGUGGGGGAUGUCGGCCAGUCCCCAGAACCGGGCGUGGGGAAUGAUGCCCUCUCAACCCCCCGCCUGGAGACCCGAGGCCCCUCGGAGGCCAGGGAGCUCGGGGUGGGCGAGAUGAGCAGGCUGGAUGCUGAGGAUGGAGACUCCUUCUUGCCUCUCGUGGUCAUCUGCCCAGAGGAGGACGGAUACGGGCUUCAGGAGUCCCCGGCCUUCGGACCCAGCCCUGGAGAUCACUCAGCCCGCUCCCCUCCGGCGGGCUCCCAAGAUCAGUCGGGGGAGAGGCUGGCCGCUCACAGCCCCGAGGCCGCGGCUCCGCAGGAAUCGGCGUCCCCAGGGCCCAGGGCCCCGUCGGAGGAGGAAGGGGCCGCGACAGGUGCGGACCGAGGGGCACCCCGGGAGCCUGGCCGGGACCCUCUACCCUCCUGGAGGCCGCAGCCGGACGGGGAGGCCAGCUGGACAGACGUGGUAGACGGGACCGGGGACGCCGCAGGGGCCAGGCAGGGCGAGCAGACCCCCCAGGGCCCGCCGGCCAGCGACCCCAGCCAGGAUUUCUCCUUCAUUGAGGACACCGAGAUCCUCGACAGCGCCAUGUACCGGAGCCGUGCCAACCUGGGGCGCAAGCGCGGCCACCGCGCCCCAGCCAUCCGGCCCGGGGGCACCCUGGGCCUGUCGGAGGCCGCGGCGUCGGACGCGAGGCUGUUCCAGGACUCUACGGAGCCACGGGCUUCGCAGGCGCCGUCCUCGGAUGAGGAGGUGGUCGAGGAGCCUCAGAACCGCCGGACGCGGGUGACCAAGGGCCUGAAAGUCAGCCUGUUCCCCGGCCUGAGCCCCUCGGCCCUUAAGGCCAAGCUGCGCUCGCGGAACCGCUCGGCUGACGAGGGGGAGCCCAUGGAGGGCAAGGCGGGCCAGAAGGAGUCGGUAAUCCAGCGCUCCAAGUCCUGCAAGGUCCCCGGGUUGGGCAAGCCCCACGCACUCCCACCCAAGCCAGACAAGUCCUCAGGGUCAGAAGGAUCAUCGCCCAACUGGCUGCAAGCCCUGAAGUUGAAGAAGAAGAAGGUCUAAAAAGUCACCGAGGUCCUUCCCACCUGGCAGUCUCAGGCAGUGCCCGUCCCCGUGGGGUCCCCGGCGGGGAGACGGCUGAGUCCCCCCACGCCCCAAGCCACAGCCCCUGCCCGUCCACUUCUGGGGGCGUUGGGGGGAGGCCCCGAUAUGCACUUUGUAUCAGCGUCCCAGCUCCCCUACACCGCCCCUCGCUGCUGGUCUUUCGUGGUCCACGGUGUUGGUCCCUCGCUCUUCCUGCCUCCCUCUUUGCUUCCUCCUGCAGCCCCCCUUGGGUUUUCUUUUGAUACCAGUUUAUAGCCUUUUUUAUAAAAGCCUUUGAUUUUUUGUAAUGGGCGGAGCCCAGCCCCACCCCACGUCUCCCUCCGCCCUGCCAGGGGCCCCACAGAAAUCGAUAACGUUUUGCCACUUGAAACAAUAAAGUUUUUUGGGAAUUGGUGCUC